AUGGCGGCCACCGUGGAGCGGCGCCUCGCCGAGUUCCGUGCCGCCCGCCGCAGCGCUGCCGCCGCUCCCCGCCCAGCCGAGCCGCCGGGAAAGGCCGCGGCUCCGGAGGCCGCCGAGGGACCGCGGGCAGCCGCGGAGGGCCCGGGCGGCGGCGCCCAGGUCCGGCCCGGCGCGGCGGCCGCUCCGGUGUGGGCGCGCCCGCUGCUGCUGAAGGUGCUGCUGUGGGCCGUGCUGCUGGCGCUGUUCGUGGAGCUGGAGCUCGGGCUGCCCUACUUCGUCCUCUCCCUGCUCUACUGGAUGUACGCCGGCACCCGCGGCCCCGCCGAGCGGCGGCCCGGCGAGCUCAGCGCCUACUCCGUCUUCAACCCCGGCUGCGCCGCCAUCGCCGGGACGCUGACGGCCGAGCAGCUGGAGCGGGAGCUGCACUACCGGCCCGCCGCGGGCAGCUAGCGCCGGGCCCGGCCGGGACUGUGCUCUGCUGGGCCGGGACUGCCGCCGCCGCCGCCCUGAGGAAGGGCCGGGGCUCGGGAGAAUGAAAUGGGGUUUGUUCCUAUGCAGAAAAGCACCUGAGCCUUACUGCUGGCCCCGUGUCCCGCGGCGCCGGCCGGUCCCGAAUAAAGCCGUAGCAAAGCCUG